GAUUGUGAGAGGAAGAGCAAAAGAAAGUGGCUGGACUUGGGCACAGCUGUGACCGUGGCCCCUUCCUUCUGCAGGGAGGCCAAGCUGCCACCACAGGGAGGCGGUGCUGGACCUCCCUCUGAUAGGGCUGAGGAGCUGGGGGGGUGUUUGUGGCACAUCCCCAGCGGGAGAACUUCCGGGAGCCCCAGAGCUGAGGGAGGGCGGGGAAGCCACAUGGGGAAAGGAAGCAGAAAAAGGAGAAACAGCAACUUUCCUCACUGCUCUUGGGACAUCACUGACAGCAGCUGCGGGGAGAAGACGCUGCGGAGGAGCUGCGGCCCUGGCUCAGGCACCGAGGACUCCCCAGGGGCCACCAUGGGCUCCGUGAACUCCCGAGGCCACAAGGCAGGAGCCCAGGCGGUGAUGAUGGGCCUGGACUCCGCAGGCAAGACCACGCUCCUGUACAAACUGAAGGGCUACCAGCUGGUGGAGACCCUGCCCACCAUCGGCUUCAACGUGGAGCCCCUGGAGGCCCCGGGGCACGUGUCUCUGACUCUCUGGGACAUCGGGGGGCAGGCCGAGCUCAGGGCCAGCUGGAAGCACUACCUGGAAGGCGCGGACGUCCUGGUGUACGUGCUGGACAGCACGGACGAGGCCCGCUUGCCCGAGGCCGGGGCUGAGCUCAAGGAGGUGUUGGCCAGCCCCGGCAUGGCCAGCGUCCCCUUCCUGGUCCUGGCCAACAAGCAGGAGGCGCCCGGGGCCCUGCCGCUGCUGCAGAUCAGAGACCAGCUGGGCCUGGAGCGGUUCCAGGGCCGCUGCUGGGAGCUCCGGGCCUGCAGCGCCCUCACCGGGGAGGGGCUGCCGCAGGCCCUGCAGAGCCUGGGGGGCCUCCUGAGGCCCCGCGGCCGCUGUGUCUCCUGGUGAGUCCGCGGGGCAGCCAAGGAGUCCGGACUCAGAGCAGCUGAUCUUUGCUCGUGGGAACUGGGAGAACCAGCUUGUCCCGGAGAAUUAUAAGCUCUGUUUAUCAAAUAAGAAAUCCUUCUGUGCUUGGACAGGAUUUUUUUUCCCCUUGGGACUUGGUGUCACUGUUGAAAAUCAACUGUUUUUAAAUAAUGAUACUCUA